AUGCUGUUCUGGCACACGCAGCCGGAGCACUACAACCAGCACAACUCCGGCAGCUACCUGCGCGAUGUGCUGGCACUUCCCAUCUUCAAACAAGAGGAACCCCAGCUAUCCCCUGAGAAUGGGGCCCGCCUGCCACCCCUGCAGUACGUGCUGUGUGCUGCCACCUCCCCAGCUGUGAAGUUGCAUGAAGAGACCUUGACGUAUCUCAACCAAGGCCAGUCAUAUGAAAUAAGGCUGUUGGAGAACCGGAAGCUGGGAGAUUUUCAAGAUUUGAACACGAAAUUUGUCAAGAGCAUCAUCCGGGUAGUCUUCCAUGACCGCCGACUGCAGUAUACAGAGCACCAACAGUUGGAGGGCUGGCGGUGGAGCCGGCCUGGGGACCGAAUUCUGGACAUUGAUAUUCCACUGUCUGUUGGUAUCUUGGACCCCAGGGCCAGCCCAACCCAACUGAAUGCUGUGGAGUUCUUGUGGGACCCUGCAAAGAGAGCAUCUGCAUUCAUUCAGGUGCACUGUAUCAGCACAGAGUUCACUCCCAGGAAGCAUGGGGGUGAGAAGGGAGUACCUUUUCGGGUGCAGAUCGACACAUUUAAGCAGAACGAGAAUGGGGAGUACACAGAGCACCUGCACUCAGCCAGCUGCCAGAUCAAGGUGUUCAAGCCAAAAGGAGCUGACCGGAAACAGAAGACUGACCGGGAGAAGAUGGAGAAAAGAACAGCCCAGGAGAAGGAGAAGUACCAGCCAUCCUAUGAGACUACCAUCCUCACUGAGUGCUCUCCAUGGCCUGAUGUGGCCUACCAAGUGAACAGUGCUCCAUCCCCAAGUUAUAAUGGCUCUCCCAACAGCUUUGGCCUCGGUGAAGGCAACAGUUCACCUACCCACCCAGUGGAGCCUCUGCCUCUGGGCAAUGAUCACCUGCUCCCAUCAGCCUCCAUCCAGGAUGCCCAACAGUGGCUGCAUCGCAACCGCUUCUCACAGUUUUGUCGGCUCUUCGCCAGCUUCUCGGGUGCUGACCUGCUGAAGAUGUCUAGAGAUGAUUUGGUCCAAGUCUGUGGCCCUGCAGAUGGGAUCCGGCUCUUCAAUGCCAUCAAAGGCAGAAAUGUGAGGCCAAAGAUGACCAUCUAUGUCUGUCAGGAGUUGGAGCAGAACCGAGUGCCCCUGCAGCAGAAGCAGGAUGGCAAUGGGGACAGCAGCCUGUGUGUGUACCAUGCCAUCUUCCUGGAAGAGCUGACCACCCUGGAGCUGAUCGAGAAGAUCGCCAGCCUGUACAGCAUUCCUCCCCAGCAUAUCCACAGGGUCUACCGGCAGGGCCCCACUGGCAUCCACGUGGUGGUGAGCAACGAGAUGGUUCAGAAUUUCCAAGAUGAGUCUUGUUUUAUCCUCAGCACAUUAAAAGCUGAGAGCAAUGAUGGCUACCACAUCAUCCUGAAGUGUGGACUCUGAGCAGCAGUGACCCGCACCUGCCCCAGCCCCUUGGACCUCCUGGCUGUAGAAAUUACACCACUGACAGCUGCUGUCUCACCUGACAAGCUCAGGCUGGGAGGGAUUCUGCCCAGGCCAGGAAAGCUACAGACCACUGUGGACACAAAGUCUGGCAUACAGGAAAGCCAGUGGUUCCUCUCCCCUUUACUUUUGACUUUCAGCUUUUGAACAGUUCCUUGUUCUGUUUCCCAAGAAGACUGUGGGGACAUCUCUGAAACUCUGUGUCCUGUAGUUGGCGGCUCCUUGGAUGUAUUGGUCCCUCUUGACCAUUCUCUUGCCUUACCCUAUGCCUGCAUCUCCUUAGGCAGCUGACUUCAUGAGCUACCUGACAGGGACACUGUCUCACUGUCCUAGCCUAGUGCUGGCUUCUCUUAUCAGUGCCUGGUUAGCACCUCUCUCCUGUUCUUGGUUGAGUCAAUGGAACUGCAGUUCUUAUGUGCCUUCCACCUCUUUCUCUCAUCUUGUUUCUAAGGAGCUGUUGCAUUCAAGCCCAGAGAGGUGUGUAGGUCUCUGCAUUGACAUGAUGAGCACUGCAGUGCACUUAUACAACCUCUUAUGG